AUGAGCAUUCGUCAGCAAAAUGUUUGGGCAAAAAGUUUAAAAGCUCUCAAGUUUGACCAACUUGAAACUCAACUUUUACGGAAACGCCGCGCCCACUGUGAUGCCAAACAAAAACUUGGAGAUCGCCUCGCGACGCCCGUGUGGUGUGGCGAUGUUUGCGUCGUGCUCUUGACGCCCGUGGGCGGACGCCUCGCCCGAAUGGCCACAUCUACGUUACUGCUGUCUAGUGUCUAUGGCAACCUUUGUCCUCAUACUGUAUGA